AAACGCCUGUCUUGACUAUGUGACUAAAGCCACUUCAGUUUCCGCCGGGGAGCCGCCUGAGCCGAGUUCGUUUGUCGUCUGCGUCUUUCCAUUAAAACCCCUCAGGCUUGGAGUGAUUAACUAGACAAGACUGGAUUCACCGCACGGAUCGCUGCGGUGCUCGUACCGGUACGGCGCUGUUCCCGAUGGAAUACACACGCCGUUCUGGAAUAAAGUCCGCAUCGUGAACGAGUCCUCGGGAACGCGCGAUGGGGGGAAACGCGCCUUCUCCAGAAUAAUGGCCUGUGCAGACUGUGGCAUACUGGGACAUAACAGACUUUUGAUGAAGGUUCUUCUGUUCUUCGCUGUAUUUGCCUGCCAUGCAGGCACAGUGGUGGAGACAAGCUUCUUGGGGGGGUUGAAAGCUGUGUUUUCAGGUGGCUGUGAUGAUCGCUGGACCCUCCUAACACAGAGACGCCUGCCUUUGGAGGCCCAGCUGAGCAUGUGUGUGCAUAUCCGUGUGCUGUCGCAGGACGAGUGGGUGGCUUUUACUUACAACACCCCAAGGAGGAAGCAACCAGAGUUGGGCCUGCAGGGUGACAAGGAGGGUCUGUCCGUGUGGCUGAGAGGGAAGAAGCUCCACUUUCCUGUGCACUUGGUUCCUCAGGCCUGGCAUCAUGUGUGUGUGGCACAGAAUGCACGGAACAAGAGCCUUGUCCUGCAGGUGGACACUAUGCGCUACUGGCGGAAGGUCUACACCAGUUCAACACACACACAUGUAGGGCAGUUGGUGCUGGGUUGUGGGGACAUCUCGGGCCAGGUGGCCCCCAUAGAACUGUACAUGUUCCGUAUGUGGGACAAUGCUAGUUACCACAGUGACUGCAAGGAUGGAAACUUGGUUGCAUGGACCUCGGAGCUGUGGAACCAGCAUGGCCGGAGAACAGUACCAGAUGCUACCCUGCCCUGUGGCCAUCUUCGUGUCAAACGUGCAGGUGAGCAUAGAAAAGUUAUACGUUCCAAUGAGUCUACAAAUACAGCUGUGUCAUCCACUUUUUCAUCUGCCAGAACCACAUCGACCUUAUAUCAACCUAUACCUUCUCCAAUCUCUAAUCCAUCUACAAUAAUUUCUUCAACCUCCCAUUUAACUGCAACUUCUCCAACCACUCUUUUAUCUGCAAGAACCUCUCAGCCAUCUGCAACUCCUUUAACCACUAUUACAUUAUCAAAAGUCUCUCCUACCUCCAAUUCAUCUGCCACUUCUCCAACCACUCUUCCAUCUGCAACUUCUCCAACCACUUUUCUGUCUUCAUCAAUUUCUUCAACCUCCAAUUCAUCUGCAACGUCUCUAACCACUCUUCCAUCUACAAGUACCUCUCAUCCAUCUGCAACUUUCCCAACCACUUUUCUCUCUUCAGCAAUUUCUUCAACCUCCCAUUCACCUGCAACUUCCCAAGGCACUAUUUCAUCUUCAAUGACUUCUCCAACCUCCAAUUCAUCUGCAAUAUCUCUAACCAUUCUUUCAUCUACAAGUACCUCUCAUCCAUCUGCAACUUCCCCAACCACUUUUCUCUCUUCAGCAAUUUCUUCAACCUCCCAUUCACCUGCAACUUCCCCAGGCACUAUUUCAUCUUCAAUGACUUCUCCAACCUCCAAUUCAUCUGCAAUAUCUCUAACCACUCUUCCAUCUACAAGUACCUCUCAUCCAUCUGCAACUUCCCCAACCACUUUUCUCUCUUCAGCAAUUUCUUCAACCUCCCAUUCACCUGCAACUUCCCCAGGCACUGUUUCAUCUUCAGUAACUUCUCCAACCUCCAAUUCAUCUGCAAAUCUUUUAGCCACUAUUUCACCUUCAGUACCUUCUCCAACCUCCAAUUCAUCUACAACUUCUCCAACCUCUCAUUCAUCUAAAAGUACCUCUCAUCCAUCUGCAACUUCUCUAACUGCUAAUACAUCAUCAACAAUCCCUCCAACCUCUUAUUCACCUGCAACUUCCCCAGGCACUCUUUCAUCUUCAAUAAUUUCUCCAACCUCCAAUUCAUCUGCAACAUCUCCAACCACUCUUUCAUCUACAAGUACCUAUCAUCCAUCUGCAACUUCCCCAACCACUUUUCUUUCUUCAGCAAUUCCUUCAACCUCCCAUUCACCUGCAACUUCCCAAGGCACUUUAUCAUCUUCAGUAACUUCUCCAGCCUCCAAUUCAUCUGCAACAUCUCUAACCACUCUUUCAUCUACAAGUACCUCUCAUCCAUCUGCAACUUCCCCAACCACUUUUCUUUCUUCAGCAAUUCCUUCAACCUCCCAUUCACCUGCAACUUCUCCAGGCACUCUUUCAUCUUUAGUAACUUCUCCAACCUCCAAUUCAUCUGCAACAUCUCCAACCACUCUUUCAUCUACAAGUACCUUUUAUCCAUCUGCAACUUCCCCAACCACUUUUCUGUCUUCAGCAAUUUCUUCAACCUCCCAUUCACCUGCAACUUCCCAAGGCACUUUAUCAUCUUCAGUAACUUCUCCAGCCUCCAAUUCAUCUGCAACAUCUCUAACCACUCUUUCAUCUACAAGUACCUCUCAUCCAUCUGCAACUUCCCCAGGCACUAUUUCAUCUUCAAUAACUUCUCCAACCUCCAAUUCAUCUGCAAUGUCUCUAACCAUUCUUACAUCUACAAGUACCUCUCAUCCAUCUGCAACUUCCCCAACCACUUUUCUCUCUUCAGCAAUUUCUUCAACCUCCCAUUCACCUGCAACUUCCCCAGGCACUGUUUCAUCUUCAGUAACUUCUCCAACCUCCAAUUCAUCUGCAAAUCUCUUAGCCACUAUUUCACCUUCAGUACCUUCUCCAACCUCCAAUUCAUCUACAACUUCUCCAACCUCUCAUUCAUAUAAAAGUACCUCUCAUCCAUCUGCAACUUCUCUAACUGCUAAUACAUCAUCAACAAUCUCUCCAACCUCUUAUUCACCUGCAACCUCUCCAGUCACAUUUCAAUCUGCAAUGGUCUCUAAUUCAUCUGGAACAUCUCCCACCACACUUCCUUCUUCACAAAUCUCUGCAAAUUCUUCAACCACUCUUCUAUCUGCAACAAGCUCUCAUCCAUCAUCAACAACUUCUCCAAAGUCCAUUCCAUCCACAUCAGUCUCUGCACCAUUCCUGUCAUUUCCAACAACCUCCUCAAAUUCCUCAAGACCUACAACAUCUUCACCCCCACCUACAUCUACAAAAAUCCUUACAACAUCACCUACACCCACAACAUCCUCAUUAAAUACAACGGAAAAUGCAACACUUACCACACAUACUACCACUGUUCUAGAUGCGUCAACAUCCAACAGAUCCAUUGAGUUCCUAGUAAACUACUCCACCAUGGUGCCCCCAACUACGGGUACCACACCCAGAACUACACUGCUUCCAGAUGCUAACACCACGUUGACGACAAAAAACGCUACAACAAACUCAACCUGUCAGUGUGACUCAUACUGCAAUGCAAAAGGGGCAUACUACUCCUUCAAAAUAACCGUGAAUAAUCCUGCAGUGACCAUCACUACAAUUAAGAAUUUGAUCUCCACACUGAAUUUGACCACACCAGCUUGCAGGAUGAAUUCAUCGUCUUCUUCCUGUUCAUCUUCCCUCACCUCUCAGGACGAUUACGUGAAUUGCAAUAAUCCAGAUAUGACCCCGGUGAAUUGUACGGUGGUACUGAAGCUGGCAGAGGACCAGGACGUGUGCUCUGUGAGGGUGGCCGUAGCCAGGCUGUUUACAGGCAACAGCAGCAUCAACUUCACAGGACCUGUAUGCAGAGUGGCAAUAUGUGGCCCGAUGGUAAAUAUUUCGAGUGCGGAAGUCAACUGGUACCAGUUCAACUACAGCUACAAAGACUUCUGCGUUGUCCCCUAUGUUUGGCCUUGCCAAGGCGGAUGUAUCAAUGUUAAUAUACUGAAUGAGACAUGUGACACCAACUCUACAGUCCCUCUCCAUACCGUUUCCACUGUGCCAUACCGACCUCCCUCUGCAGUCACAACAGUCUCUACACCCGCAACACAGCGUCCACCUGUGGUCACCACGACAAGACAAAAUCCCGAAAAGCAGCCGCAAGAGCUGCUUAACCAGACGAUGAAUGCGGCGGCUCUGAACUCCACCCAGGUGGCAGCGCUGGUGUCCAGCCUCGAGGAGCUUCUGUCUGGGCCCAAUAUUAGCCUUGAGCUGGGCAUGACAGUCAUCAGUGCUGUUAGCAACCUGCUCAAUGCGUCUACAGGCGCUCUAGCUGCCUCCUCCGCCAAAAUCAUUGGGCUGGUGGACACGGUGGGGAUUAAGUUAGUCCUAGCUCAUCCAACAGAGAAAAUACUGUCUGAAUCAGUGGCUCUGGGUGUGAAGAAAGUGGAUGGAACAGACUUUCAGAUGACCUCCUUCACCAUUAUGAACUCUUCCAGUGUGCAGAUUGAUGCGAAUGGAAGUCUCAAGGCAGCUACAUCAUCUCCAGUGCCUCAGGGCUCCAUUACACUACCAGCUUCCCUGACCAGCAACCUGACAUCUCAGGACAAACUUCUAGCUUCCAGAGUUCAGUUCAACUUCUACCAGAAGAGCACCGUGUUUGUGGACAAUUCACUAUCACAUCAGAAGCUUGAACUAAACAGCGGCAUUCUCGGCUCCAGUGUAGCCAACCUGUCCAUCAGUGGCUUAAAAGAUCGCGUGGUAUUCAGUCUGAAGAACACAAAAUCCAACGACUCAAAGAGAAAUGUCUCCUGUGUGUUCUGGGACUUCACAAAAAACAAUGGAUCUGGGGGUUGGAGUAGAGAUGGUUGCUUCCUUCAGAACAACACCAAUGAGCAGACCACAUGCAGCUGCAACCACCUCACUAGUUUUGCUGUGCUGCUGGACAUUUCCACGGACAUUAUUAGCCCUGUGCAGAAUGAAAUCCUCACCUACAUCUCCUACGUGGGCUGUGGAAUAUCCGCAAUCUUUCUCUCUGUGACGCUGCUGACCUACCUGGCUUUUGAGAAGUUGCGCAGGGACAUCCCCUCCAAGAUCCUGAUCCAGCUGUGCAUGGCUCUGCUGAUGCUCAACCUGGUCUUCCUGCUCGACUCCUGGUUGGCGUUGUAUCCUCAGGCCACGGGCCUCUGCGCCUCUACUGCCUUCUUCUUGCACUACUUCCUGCUGGCCUCCUUCACCUGGAUGGGAUUGGAGGCCUUCCACAUGUACCUGGCACUGGUCAAGGUCUUCAACACCUAUGUGACCAGAUACAUGCUCAAGUUCUGCAUUGUCGGCUGGGGUGCUCCACUGGUUGUGGUUGUCAUUAUCAUCUCUGUCAAUCAAAAAAACUAUGGCCUUGGUUCCUAUGGUCACUUCCCUGAUGGUUCCACGGACACUUUCUGCUGGCUGACUGACCUGACCGUCUUCUAUGUGGGAGUCGUAGCCUACUUCUGCCUGGUGUUCCUGAUCAACCUGGCCAUGUUUGUGGUGGUGCUGGUGCAGCUGUGUCGGAUAAAGCGGCAGAACCCACACAAUACACAGCAUCGGAGCCUGCUGCAGGAUCUGCGCAGCGUGGCCGGCCUCACUGUCCUGUUGGGCCUCACCUGGGGGUUCGCCUUCUUCGCCUGGGGACCCGUCAACCUGGCCUUCAUGUACCUCUUCUCCAUUUUCAAUUCUCUGCAGGGGUUCUUCAUCUUUGUAUUCCACUGCGCCAUCAAAGAAAAUGUCCGUAAGCAGUGGAGGACCUACCUGUGCUGUGGGAGUCUAAGACUACCUGAGAACUCUGAGUGGAGCCGGACCGCUACGCAGAACCUGGCGAAGAACCGCUCCAGGAUCCUCCCAGGCUCUUCCCACUUGUCCAAUUCGACACAGUCCAACAACACUUCCAGCACAUCCUUCCUGGCCAGUGAACCCUCGGAUUCUGUGAAUGGCAUCGAAAACCCCUAUGAUGACAGGCACAUCAACGCCCUGGAAGGGACCCAAGCAGAUGUCAUAGUGAACGAGAUCAACAGCAAACACAGGACUACAAGGCGGCAGUGACAUCUAGGAGCAACGCACCGUACCUCGUAGCUCAUUUUCUCCUGAUUUCUGUCCACACACAGAGAAAAAGAUGCAUCACGUUACUGCAUUUAGGCGCAAGUUUACACAGAAAUGUACUGGUGAUAUUUAUAUACAAUCCAGGAAGCCCAUACCAGUAAAAUAUAGGACCUGUCAUUGACAGUUGUGGUUUCAGAUUUUGAAAAACAUGCACACCCUGAAAUUUAAAGAGAAUUCUGCCUUCGGUGUCUAGUAAUUCAGUUAUGACUGUUAUAUCCAGCAUUUCAUGUAUCUAAUAUUGUAUUAAUCAAGAAGGAAAAUAGCGUCCCAGAAUGCACCACUUUGUUAUUCCAUGAUGCACUGAGUAGAUUUUCUUCUGGAGCCUGUCACCCAUCCACACACAUAGAGGCUGGGCUGGGAUGUGAUGAACUCAGGGUUGCUACAUGAUGAAUGUGUCUCCCUGGAGGCAUAAGGCUCUGGGAGGCUGCGAGGGACACGUGCGUGUGCAGGCAGGGCUUGGGGCGGAAUGGCAGCUCAGUCAUGCAAGCAGCCAACAAAAGACACGGCUUGUCUGGACCUGUAUGUGCCAGGCAAGUGACGAUACAGACUGAUAAGGGUGUUCUGCUUUGUAAAAUGACAGAGAUAUAUGAAACUAUGCCUUCCAUUGCAGACUCAUGAUCAAAAAAUUGUGUGCAUGUCAACAGUCAGACCGUAAAAGUAGCCCCGCUCUGGCCAGAGAGCAAUGCCUGGAUAUGAACAGCAGGCGGAGACAUGGUGCAGUAACAAUUACAUUUAUUGAGCACUUUUUUUUUACAUAUAAAGCAAGGCAAGUAGCGCAUUAGAAACACGCAUGCUGUCAAGGAGUCGACUAGAACCGACUAGAACACCAGUCUUAUGAAUGCUCUGGUACAUAAAAGAAUAUAAGUUUUCUGGGGACGUUCUGUUACUUCUCCUGUCUAAUUGAAUGCUUGAUCUGACACAAAAAGCUUAGAGAGAGAGACAAACUGUUUUUGAAACCACAUAUUUUACUACUAAUAUAAUACUGAUUUAGUCCAAAAAGUAGUAUGUUGUACGCAGUACACCACAGAUACCGAGAUGUCGUACAGAUAUUAAAAAUACCACCAGCAUGCAAAACACCAGUCUAACUCAACUAUUGCAUCCCACAAUGCAAAGCAGCAGAUCGUCACAGCCUGUUCUUUGGAAUUUGGAAAAAAAUAGCGGACACGUCAGAAUAAAAAUAAUUUAUUUUAUUCAGUUUUCCUUUCUAUUAUUUUUAGUUUCAUUACAACUGUCAUCAGACUAAUUAGACCAAACAGCUCUACACAGCUCAGCAAGCUAGCUAUUGUUAGCUGCUAACAUUUCCAUAUUACAUUUCCUAUAUGCAUGACACAGAUUAUUUAGCUGUCGCAGACAGGACACAGGGGACAAGGGUGUUGGGAUUUAAUCCCAAAUACUGCCCUUUAAUCACAGCCUGCAACAGGAUGAAUUACAUGUCACUGUAAUUUUGAUUAUCUACGUCUAAUUAUGUGUUAAUGUACACUUACGAUUUGUGAUAAUCUAUUUAUUAAAAUAAACGGAUCAUGUAUGUUAUCCA